AUGUCCACAUCCAGUCCUACUUCCGCUCGCGCCGUAGUUCUUCAGAAUUAUGUCUCAGCUGAACACGAUAUUGACCUCUCCUUCUCACCUUCUGGGACCUUCGCAGUAAAGGAGACCCUUAUUCCUAAUCCACUUCCAGAGGACUCUCUCCUCGUUCAAACGAUCUAUCUCUCCAACGACGCAGGCCUCCGCCUCCUUCUAGCAGAGUCUAUAAAGUUCGAGCGUGAAGAUAUAGUCCCGCUUUCACUUGGCUCGCCCUUCCCGAUGUUUAAAGCGAUUGGUCGUAUCGUUCGAGUUGGUGGCAAUGACGAGAACGGACCACACAAAGUUGGCAAUAUUGUUGAGAUAUUCCAGUCUUACUGGGCAGAUUAUGUCGUUGUGAAGAAAGACAAGGCAAGACCGAGAAAGGAAAUACCCGGUAUCAGCAUCAGUGCUUAUCUAGGUAACCUUGGAAUAUCGGGCGCAACAGCAUACUGGGCACUGAAGGGUGUGCUGAAGCUGAAGGAGACUGACACGCUUGUUGUAAGCGCAGCAGCAGGAGCCGUCGGGAAUGUAGCCGUUCAAUAUGCAAAGAAAGUCAUGGGUGUUAAGCGUGUCGUUGGAAUUGCUGGUACAGAUGAGAAAUGCAAGUGGCUGAAGAGUAUUGGAGUGGAUGAAGCUGUCAACUAUAAGAGCCCAACGUUUGUUGAAGAACUCAAGAAAGCAACUCCCGAUAAGGUUGACUCAUUCUUUGAUAUCGUUGGCGGGACCGUGCUAGAUGAGGUGAUGAUGCUUAUGAAGCCUCACGGGGUCAUAUGUGCGGUGGGACUCAUGGCUCAUAUGAAAGACGCACAGGCACCUGUAACUAUGCGCAACUACGGGCAAAUACUCGUCAACAGGUUGUUACUGAAGGGUUUCACGCUCAAUGACUACUUCGAUCGACUUGGAGAGGCUGAGGAGGCGCUCGCUUCAGCUGUGGUCGCAGGAAAGCUCGUGUUGGAUGGAGCGGAGACUGUCGUUGACAUCCACGGAAAAGUCGAGGAAAUACCAAGAGUGUGGAACGGAUUAUUCACGGGCGCGAACACCGGAAAGCUGAUCACAAAGCUGGCAGAGUGA